UAUCCUAGAAAAAUCUCUCAAAAAAAUUCAUCCCCAAAAUAAGGGGUUGGUAUUCCUGUAAAUAUCACGUUCAAUGUUGUGUGUUUUUAUAAUAAUCUCUGAUAAAAUUAAUUUAAAUAAAUGUAAUUAAUUAAUUAUACAUUGAAUACAAGCACGUAAAUCACUAUAAAAAAAAUGAUUAACAAUGAAAAUGGUGAAGUAAAGAAUGGGAUGAAUAAACAAGAGAAUACUUAUGGAUAUGAAACUACAUAUUCAUCAUAUUAUCCAAGCUCCAAUUCCCCAUCGGCUGCAAAUCAGCCUCUUCCAGGUCAACCACCGUUACCUCCAAUGCCUCCACCAGCAGGAACUCUUCCACCUUUACCUCAUGUAUUUGCACCGAUGCCACAAGUUACCCAAAUUCAAUCUUGGGCACCAGCACCUACUUGGCAAUGGAUAGCACCCCAAGCAACAGCACUAGCUGCUCAAACUUCACGUGACAUGAAUUCAACGAGAGGAAAUUACACAAGACGUGACAGAUUUACACAUAAUCGUAAUAAUGUUUAUCCACCGAGAGGAAAUUUUCAUCGAAAAAAUCGUAGACCUAGGUUUGAUCAACCUCAAACUCCAUUUGAUCCUACAACAGCGGCUUAUUUUGGUCAAUCUUUAGCAGCUAGUGGUAUUAGUAUUGAUUGGCAAAGAGGAUUUGCUGCUGCUCAUAAUGAUGCUCAAAAUCUUGUUAAUCAUAUGGCUAUAUCUAUGUCUAAUCAAUCGUCUGGACUUAAUGAUAGACAAGAGGGCGAUCAAGACAUAAAAAUAGUAUCUGAAGUACCAGUUAAAAAAGGUAAACAAAGAAAGCCAAUGUCACAAAAUUAUCCUAGUAGACCUUGGAAUCGUGAAGAUGCUCAAAGUGCAUUAAAAGUUGAAAAUGAAUAUAAUAAAACAGUUCGUGCCCAAAGUUUAAUUAUUAAAUUUCCUGAUCCUGAUUUAAAUAAAGAUAUUGUACGUGAAUUUCAUCCUGGUAUACAAAAUAUACACUUUCAAAGCCCCAGCGGACCACGUUAUUGUUUUAUUCAAAUGUCUGAGGAUGUUAAUAUUGAUGAAGCAAUUAAAGAAUUAGAAAAAAUUCCAUUUGGUGUUGGACAUCUUAAAGUUGAAAGAAAAUCACUACGAGAUGAAGAUUUUCCUAUGCCCGAAGAGAUUGAUCCUUAUACGUUAUACGUUGGUAAUUUACCGGAAUCUGUAAAUGUUAAUGAAGUUAAAAGUAAAUUUCCUACAGCUACGCGAGUAGAUGUUGGUUACGCUCAAAAAAUGAGAAAUACUAGAUAUGCCUUUAUUCGCUACACAUCUGUUGAAGAAUCUAUAGCGGCCUAUAAACAAGCUCACGAUUUAAUGUGGGAUACAAGAAGUAUUAUUGUAAGGUUUAGGCGACAACGUGGUAAUACUUGUUUACCUGGUGAACCCAAAAAUAAUGCAAAAAAAGUAAAAGAAGAACUAAGUGAUGAUAUUGUAAAGACAGAACAAUCCUCUUGUAGUAAUAAACAAGUACUAGGAAAUGAUCAAAAUAAUAAAAUUUUCGAAGUUAAUCAACAGACAAUUGGAGCUGUUUCAAAUAAACCUGAUAAUAAGAAAAUAGACUCACGAUUUUCUUUAGAUAAUCCACCGACAACGGUGGCACCCACUGAAGCCUCUCAACAACAACAACCUUGGACGGAGGAAUCGCCUCCACUUCCAUCAGCAGCUGAAGCUCCACCACCGCCUCCUCAAGAUGAUUCAGAAUCAGUUCUCAUAACAACAAUAAAAGAAGAACCUGUAGAUUUUGAUGAAAUAGAAAUGUCUUAUGUUCCGAUGGAUGAUGAGGACGAUGAUGAUGACGAUGAUGAGCCAGAUGAAUUAGAUGACUCGAAUGAUGAUGUUGAUGAAAAUGAUAAUCAACAGGAUGAUACAGAAGAUCAAACCGAUUCCAUUGAAAGUGAAUUACAGAGCAGACGAAAUAAUGGCAGAGUUGAACAACCUGAUCACUUGGAUCGAAUGUUCAAUGAAUUAGAAAACAUUGUCGGUGAUAUUGAACUUUAAAUUAAAUUUUUAUUAUAAGAUGAUUGAUUUUAUUUUAAUAUGACUUUUCAAUUUAAUGUGGAUGUUAAAAACAAUGGACUUCCAUUUUUAUGAAGUUGUAAAUAUUUUUAUGUAUGACUAAUACCUGUUACCUAUAUUAUUUUUAAUGAUUUAUCGAUUGAUAUCUAAAUAAUAAUGAAUAAUGAUAAUAUAUCGAGCUAAACUAACAAUCCUUUGAUAGAUUGCUAGCUCUGGAAAUCGUGAUAUAUGUACAAGUAUUUUAACUGCAAAUUAAAAGUGAUUUUUUUUAAAU